AUGUCUAUUAAAUUCCCAUGUGUUAAAUGUGAAUUAACAGGUAAUUUCAAUGGACUUUUUACUUGUAAUGGAUGUCGACAAAGUUUUUGUGCGAAUCAUAGUAUAGAUCAUACAAAUAAACUUCGUAAUCGUUUUGAAGACUUUAUUAAUGAAUUUACUUUAAUUAAUGAUAUAUUUCAUGAUUAUAAACAAAAUUCCAAUGAUUUUCCAUGGAAAAAACAAAAAUAA